AUGACCGCGACUAAUAUUAGUGCUCGUACCGAUGUGCACGCGGACUUCGAGAAAUUUGGAAAAUUUCAAUUGUUCCAAUACAUUCUGAUAUGCUUACCACUUGUGAUGGUGUCAAUGAUUCAUGUAAAUUAUAUAUUUGUGGCUGAAAAUGUAGAUCACAGAUGUUUGGUUCCAGAAUGUGAGGAUAAAAGUGCUAGCGUGGAAAUCCCAGUUUGGUGGCCUAAAGACGUCGACGCUAAAUGUCUAAAGCCAGUUGUAGACAAGCGCAAAUAUGAUUUGUUAAACCAAACAUGUUCCAAUAACACGUUUCUUGAAAUAUUGGAAGAAUGCCAUGAAUGGGUCUAUGAAAAUAACAAUUCCAUUGUCGCUGAGCUCGAUUUGGGGUGCGAAUCCUGGAAAUCGACACUUGUUGGAACCUUGCAUAAUGCGGGGAUGAUUGUGUCCAUGAUGGUUACUGGUUGGAUAGCAGACAAAAUCGGAAGAAAGCCUACUAUUAUUAUGUGUUCGAUAGGUGGCGCAGUUGGCCUUUUAAAAAUAUUUAUCACAAAUUUCUAUGUUUAUCUUGGUAUUGAAUUUUUGGAGUCCGUAUUAGCUUCAGGAUUGUAUACAGUUGCUGUCGUUUUAUUAAUUGAAGUUGGUGGGGAUUCAAAACGAGUACUAGCUGGAGUUAUAUUUUCAUAUGCGAUUUACGUUGGAGAAGUUACUUUUGCUUUCUUAGCAAUGGGACUUCAAUAUUGGAAGCUCUUAAUCAUAAUUGUAUACAGUCCUAUGGUGCUUUUUAUUUCGUAUAUCAUGUUUUUAAGAGAAAGUACGAGAUGGCAAAUGAUACGCGGAAAGUCAGCCGAAGCCAAGGAAACGUUGAAAUUGAUAGCAAAAAUGAACAAAUUGACCAUAACAGCUAAAGAACUGUCGGAUAUAAGCGACGAUGACUUGAGAACAGACUUUAAUAUAGUUGUUCAAAAAGAAAAGGAGAAAAUGAAAGAUAUAAUAGCUUCUAAGGAAAUAAUGCUGAGAUUAAUAGUAACAUCAUUCUGUUACUUCACAUCGAGUUUCAUGUAUUACGGCUUAGCAGUUCACUCAGUGUUGCUACCAGGAAAUAAAUAUACAAAUUUCGUUCUCUCGUCACUUACUUCUUUCCCUGGAGACUUUUUAGCAUUUUUCAUGUUCAAAAAGUACGGACGAAGAAUAUCCUUACAAGGCGCAUAUAUUUGUUCUGCAAUAUUCUUGAUAGCACAAAGUUGUUGCCCUAACUCAUUGAACUGGGUAAAAGUGGCAUUAUUCUUAUUAGGAAAAUUAGGUGUAGCGUUUUGCUUUACUGGAAUAUACACAUAUAGUUUAGAACUCUUUCCAACCAGUGUAAGAGGAACUCUCAUUGGAUGUGGCAACACUGCAGCUAGAGUUGGCAGUAUGCUGGCUCCGCUUACUCCUUUAUUGGCUAGUGAAUUUCAUGCGUUGUCGUCCAUCUUGUUUUCCUCAACAGCAAUAAUAGCGGCUCUACUUUUGACUUUCACACCAGAAACAAAAACAUUGCCCAUGUUCGAUACAAUAGCUCAGGUAGAGCACGAGAAAUCUAAAGUCAUGACGCAUUUA